UCGAUUAGCAGCCUACAAGUAUCGCCUGAACGUUCGGACUAAACACCACUAGCGCUAGCAUUCACUGAGCCAAACCACUUUCAAGAGCCGCAGACAAACCUACGUAAAACAGGGAAGCGUUUACAUUCUGCCUUCAGUGAGAGUGACGGGUCAGCCCUGGUGUAUUUUAUUGACAUUCGGAGAGCUUCGGCAGCGCUUGAACAUUAGGCCACCGUUCAUUUCCUCUCCUCACCUUGUGAGUUUUCUUCUUUCACGUUGAAUCCACGAUCAGGCUACCGUCCACCAUGGCAAUGCGGGCAGGCGGUAUUCUCUGCAUUCUUGUCUUGGCUACGAUCUGUAUUGUGCUGGGUUCAUCAAUAGCCGCAGGAUCUUCGGCGGUGGCCCAAAGUCGCAGCAAGCGUUCGCUGCUCGAUUUCGGCACUAUGAUUUCGUGCGUCCUACCCAACGUGGGCGAUGCGUUAAGCGCAGCGCUGCGCUACAAUAACUACGGAUGCUGGUGCGGUGUGGGAGGUGGCGGGCCCACGGUGGACAGCAUUGACCAGUGUUGCAAGGUUCAUGAUGCGUGUUACGGCUCGGUGGAGACCCAAGGCUGUGGGGACCCCAAGUACGAGGACUACCACUGGCGAUACAGUGGCGGAAGGGUGUUCUGCGAAGCAACGUUAUGGCAGCGGCUCUUCGGUGGCGGUAACAAUGAAUGCCAGAAAGCGAUCUGUGAAUGCGACAGAACAGCUGUGGUUUGUUUUGAAGCUCACAACCACAUCUACAACUCCAAUAACAUCAACUACGACGACCGAAGCCACUGCGCAAAAUAGCAACACCAUAGGCUUUCAUCCUUUCUCCUCGUCCGCUAUGUCAAUGAGAGUGAAAUGCAUGAAGCUGGCGUCUGCAUACAGUACACGUGUAGCAUGAGCAUUCGGCUUUCUUCGUUGCCCUGGUUCCCGUUGCUAUGGCGAUACCAGUCAGAGUAGCCAGAAUGGUCAAUUGUGACUCCAAGUUUCACGCUGAGUGAUCACUGCCACUGGGUGAUGUUGCCUGUUCUGUUUUAGAGACCCCCCCCCCCCCCCCCAGUACCGCUGGGCGUAGCCAGCAUUGUGUGGACCAGUGCAGGUCACCUACCGUUCUAAUACGAUUCAUAUUCUUUCCUCCAUUUUUCUAUUUCUCUUUUCUUGCUAGUAUUUCGAGUAUGAUGCUUCCCUCAGAUACCUACAGUAGCUCAUUUCAGCACACACCACAGACAUUUCACAAUGAUCCAUUUCUUACUUUAUACUUCAUCUUCCGUCAGAA